UGAGAGAUCAGAUUGCUGUCUGACAUGGGCCCAGGACAUAAACAUGGACAUGGACAUAGCCAUCGUGAAAUUGAACUUCCAGAUUAUAGACAGUGGAAAAUAGAAGGGACAUCAUUAGAACCUGAGCAGAAUGCUACACGAGGGUGAAGAGAUUCAUCCCGCAACAAAGCUUGGAGAUACAUAGGAGCUUUUGCCCACAACUAUUCCUUUAUUGGUGUCAUAUUUAAAGGUUUCAAGUGGGGAUUUGCUGCAUUUAUGAUAGCAUCAGGGGCUGGACAUUUGUUGGAAUCUCAGAAUAACAACAAGCACCACUAAAGAG